CUCUGGGUCUGAUGGAGACUGACCUGUUGAGCCUAAAUGCCACUCGAACGGUAAAUAUCAUGCUUGUAACGGUAAAACAUGUUGAGCGGAGCCACCGCUCCGUUAUGUUGAUGACAUCAACUAUCAUGUCCAGUAUAUGAGGGAAACUUCAAAAUGGUGCUCUUGUCAGCGUCUUGGCAGGUUACUACUGCCACUACAUUGUGAACAUGACAUUCCCUAUUCCGAAGAGGCUGAGAAGUCUCGGUGGUGGCAUUCUCUCUUUGCUGCUACUUUCACAAUGCUCCCACGCCUUGCCUACAGAUGUCAGUCGACUAGAAGAGAGACAGGAUGACUCUCAGUGGGUUGCCACGUGGACUUCGAUGCCACAAUUGGUGGAGCAGAGCAAUUUGCCUCCUUCUCCCUUUCAAGGUGGUUCAAUGUUCAAGGAUGCUACCUUACGCCAGACCCUUCAUCUAUCUGUUGGCAUCGAACGAGUCCGUUUCCAAAUCUCCAACACUUUUGGGGGCAGUGAUCUGCCCAUCACAGCGGCUUCUCUGGCCCUGCCAACUAGUGGGAAGGCCGGAGUGAAUGGUAUCGACACAUCAAGUCUCGUAGGGAUAACGUUCAACGGCACGACCUCGGUCAAUAUUCCCAAGGGACAGGUGGUUUACACAGACCCAGUCAACUUUAAGGCAGCAGCACAGUCCAUGAUAACCAUCAACUUGUAUUUCCAAGCAGGCCAGUCGGGGAACAGCAUCACAGGUCACCCUGGAAGCCGAACAACAUCUUGGAUGCAGCAAGGAAACCAUCUCAAUGCCAGCACCGUGACUGGUGCGAGUACGGCACAUUGGUAUUUUGUGAGCGCCGUAGAAGCAUGGGCCCCCAAGUCGAACUCUGCUCUCGUCAUCCUCGGUGAUAGUAUUACUGAUGGGCGUGGAAGUACCGACAACACGAACAACCGAUGGCCUGACCUGGUACUGGCCAAGAUGCAAAAGUCUGGCAUCACGACCAUCGGUGUGAACAACCAAGCAGCCGGCGGCAAUACCGUGCUCACGGGAGGACUCGGCCCACCUCUCAUGCAGCGAUAUAAGCGUGAUCUCCUGCAGACCUCCGGGGUCAAAUACGCCUUGAUUUUCGAAGGGGUGAAUGAUAUCGGUGGCGGCUCGACCGACUCGUCUACCCAGACUCGUAUUGGGGACCAGCUGAUUUCGAGCUUCAAGCAGAUCGCAUCCGACGCGCACAAAGCCGGGAUCACCGUGUUUGGAGCCACCAUCACACCAUUUGGCGGAAACGGGCAGAGCUACAGCAACCCAACUCGUGAAGCGACAAGACAGCGUGUGAACAAGUGGAUUCUGAGUGGUGGCGAUGGCAGCUUCGAUGCGACAGUCGACUUCUCCAAGAUUCUGGCGAACAGUGGCAAUGCAGCGAACUUGGCUAGUCAGUAUGAUAGUGGUGAUCAUCUGCACCCGAACCCUGCUGGAUACCAGGCUAUUGCCGAUGGGUUCCCGUUGGACAUCUUUAAAAGCAAUGCGACACUGGUAUAGGUGGAUAGUAUGUUCGUGGAUUUGAGUCGGGAAUGCGGGACGGUUGGAAGAAACGGAGAUUGACUGCUGAUCAGCUGUCAUCCAUCCCGACAUCGAUUUAUUCCUAAACAGACACAAAAUGUUGUUGGACACUGCCCAGAUAUGCCAUAUAGUCUACACUACAAAUUAAUCAGUGUUUAUUCCAUGCAAAUACACUCCCGACACGAGCCACUACAGUACGAAUAUACUUUAGGGUAAGACCACAAUUAUUACCGUAAGCAACAAGAACUAUGUGUUUGGUGCUCGUCUCCACGCUCUCUCAUCUGCUUCCUUCCGGCUCUCAAGAUUUCUCUUACCCUUCCCUUUUGACGCUGUACUCGUUUUUUACCCUUACUGCCUCAAUUUCUAGUACAUAGAGUGAUCCAACGUUGUGAUCUCCGGAUAUAGAAGGGCUGUCUACUG